GGUAGACGCUGAAGAUCAUAACAGUGGCGAAUCGUGUAGGUGACGGGACGGAAAUUUAAACUUCGGUAAUUUCGGUUUAGUAGUCUUUUAUGCAUUUAACAUAGUGCGUUAAAUAGCGGCAUAUUAAAAUGAUGACACAGCCGAGAACGAAAUUUGAAUUGAGUUACACGAUUUCUGGACAUAAAGCAGACGUACGUGCUAUUUGCACGACGCGCUCGGGAAAUUUGAUAACAGCUUCACGAGAUUGUACAGCCAAGUUGUGGGAAUGUGACCAGACCAGACGUAGUUUUGAGUAUGGAUUAACGUAUGAAGACCAUUACAACUUCGUAUGUUCUGUAUGUGUCGUCACAGAUGAAUCUGACAGGGAUUUCGUGGUUACUGGAUGUAAUGACACAAUUAUCCGUGUAUUUGAAAUGUCUGGCAAUAUUCCCCUACUUAUGUUGAUUUCCCAUAGCGAUACAGUGUGCUCUGUGCAACCGGGCAUACUUCCAGGCACACUUCUUAGUGCAUCUUGGGACAAAACUGCUGCCUUCUGGAAUAUAUUUGACUUCCAAGAACCCACUGUUGUACUGACUGGACAUGAAGCAACUGUAUGGGCUGCAGUGCAGAUGCCUACUGGAAUAAUUGUAACAGCAUCUGCAGACAAAAAUAUAAUGAUUUGGGAAUUAAAAGGCACACUGAUUGACACAUUGCAAGGUCAUAUGGAUUGUGUUAGAGGUUUAGCUGUACACUCAGAAGCAAAGGUUCUUUCAUGUUCCAAUGAUUCAUGUGUAAAAAUUUGGGAUUUAGAGGAGAUGUCAUGCCUAGGUACAUGGUAUGGCCAUGAGAACUAUAUUUACAGUGUUGCCUUGUUUUCAUAUGGCGAGAACAUAUUUAUGUCCUGUGGUGAAGAUGCAUGCCUUAAAUUAUGGGAUGAAGAUGAUUGUCUUCAGACAAUUAAUCUACCUUGUCAGAGUGCAUGGUGUGCAACUUCCUUGCCAAAUGGGGACAUAGCUGUUGGUUUGAGUGAUGGGACUGUACGUGUUUUCACCCAAGAUGAAGAACGUAUGGCACCAAGUGAAGAACGAGAAGUGUUCCGAAGUCAGGUUACUUCAAAGUUGAUGAGCAUGAAGAGUAAGAGUGCACCUAUUGACAAAUUUUUGCUUCCUGGUCCAGAAAUAUUGGCUACACCAGGUCAACAAGAUGGACAGACAAGGCUCGUUAGAGAAGGAGAUGCUGUGAUGUGUUAUAAGUGGUCCUUAGAAGAUGAGGAAUGGGAGAAGAUGGGAGAAGUUGUUGGGUCAGGAAAUGGAGCUGGAAAAGAACUUUAUUGUGGACAGGAGUAUGAUUAUGUUUUCAACAUUGAUGUGGAAGAUGGAAAGCCACCACUGAAAUUACCAUAUAACCUUGGUGAAGACCCAUGGGUGAUUGCCCAGAAAUUUAUUCAUGAACAUAACUUGAGCCAAGGAUACCUUGACCAAGUGGCAAAUUUUAUUAUAAGAAAUACUCAGGACAGGAAUGCGACGACUGGAAUGGCGGCAGCAGCAGCUGCAUCGGAUCCUUUUACAGGAGAUCGACGCUAUAUUCCACCCCCUGCUGGUGAACCGAGUACUAGAGAACAUACUCAUGAGGAUGAGAGUCAUGUAGCUGGUGAUAUAGAGAAUGUGUUAACCUUGUCCAGAGAUGAUGAUAAUACUGGAUACUUCCCCCAGCGGACUUGCAUUGCUUUCAAUGUCUUCAAUAAGACAGUUAUUGAAGAUAAACUUUUCCUUAACAAUAACCUGGCAGGAGAACAUAAGCUGGAUAUUGAACAUGUUGAUCAAGUGACAAUGCUACUUAAUGAAAGGCUCCUCGAUGAGACUCAGAUGAAUGCUUUGAUUAAAAUGAUGCAUUGGCCUGAAGACUGUCUUGUUCCUGCAUUGGACCUGUUGAGGGUGGCGGUACGCUCAAAACCUGUUUUCCAAAGGCUAUUCAGUGUCCGUAAUGGUUACGAUAUCCUGAAUGUGAUUGACAGAUACAUGCAACCAAUCUAUGGUUCCGAUGUGUUGCGUGUGCUUUCUUUACGUACAAUAUGUAAUAUGAUGGUUCAUGAAGAAGGGAGAAAAUUGUUCCUGGCUCAGAGAGAUAGUAUCCUUGAUGCAAUCAAAAGAUAUAGGAAACCCUAUUCUAAGCAUAUGCAGAUGGCCGUGGCCACCGUUUUGCUAAAUCUGAGUGUGGCGGCGAAUCAUGACAGAGAUGUUGCUACACUGACGGGUGUAGCACUGACCCUUGGGGCCAUUUUUCCGCACAUCAGAGAGAGUGAAGCUAGCUUCCGGGCUCUUGUUGCCCUGGGAACUUGCAUGUGGGAUUUUGAUGGUAAAGAUUGGGAUGAACCAUUGCUACUUGUAACAACAAAUGCUCAAAUUAUGGAACACAUAAAGCACGUAGCUGCAUCUAGUUUUGGUGCACCGUCAUCAGCAAGUGAUGAAAAACACAAGCUUCUGGAAAAAUUGAAUGCUUGUGCUGAAGAAUUGUUAAGAAAAUUACAGGGAACUACUAAGGACAAUUAGAAACCUAACUUGUCAAAAUUUGUUGUUUAAUUACUUUCAAUUUUAGACUGAUUAAUUUAAUGUGAAUUCUAUAUUUUCAUAUUUGAUGCAAAGGAGUCAAAGCAUAACUUAUAUGAAUGUGAUAUUAAUAAUAAGUUACAAAGAAAUGUUUUUUGUCUGUGCCAAACAGCCAUUAUCCAAACUGCACUUAAUCCAAAGACGAAGUCAAAUGAAAUUUGAAAUUUGUAUUACCUGUUUUGAUGCUUGGACCCUUCAUGCAAACUGAAAUUAAUUAUAAAUGUAAAAUGAGAUGAAAUCCAGUGUUUGAAUUUUACAUUGAAUUCCAGUUUCAAUUCAGUUAUGUGUUCUUGUUCAAUGUAACUGUUCAAUGUAGUUGUUCAAUGUAACUAUUCAGUGUAACUGUUCAAUGUAGUUGUUCAAUGUAGUAGUUCAGUGUUCUUGUUCGGUGUUUUCAAAAAACUUUGUGUGUUAAUUCUUAGUUGUAAACAUGAGCCGACUUUGAUUUUUUGUUUGGAACACAAGAAUUAAAAAACAAAACAAAAAAAAAAAAA